UUGGGGUGCACUGUGAAAAUAGCACACCAAAAUUUGAUUUAUGUUUAUUUUUUCUAAUUAUUACUAUCAAACGUUAAAUAUCAACUAUCAAACACUAUCAAACGACCAACAAACGUUUAAAAUAAAAAAAAAUUGAUUUUCAUUAAGUUGUGGUGCUAACUUCACGGGCAUGGAAAAAUAAAACUUUGUCGAAAUCACACCUUACUAAACUAACCUUUCUUUUUUUUGUUUACAACGCGAGACCAACGACCAACCGUUUGUGUCUUUGUGUAUUUCGAAUAAAAAUUUGUAUAUAUAUUUUAAUUUUCUAACUAUAAUUACUACUUAAAACAAUGUUUGCUACACCAAAAGCAAAAAAAGAACUUUUUCUUGCCUCUUCAUUGUGCGAUGGAGUUGAGGAUAAUAAUAUAAAUCAGGUGACGACACUCCUGGACAAUAAAGAAGCAGAUCCUAACACUUUCAUACCAAUUUUUGGAAUCACACCUUUUCAUUUAGCAAUUGGAAAUCCCUCUGAAUCGUUUGCCGAGGAAGUAACUAAAUUAUUUUUACGUCACGGAGGAAAUCCAAAUAUAAGAUCUAUUGAGGGUUUAACUCCUGUUCACAUAGCCGCUGCAUGGGGUCGAUGUAAUAUUCUCGAAUUACUUUUAUUAAAUGGUGGAGAUCCAUUAUAUCUCGAUAAUGAAGGAUACAGUCCAUUUCAUUUUGCUUUCGAUGGAGCACACUAUAAUGCUGUUAGUGUUCUUCGUAAAUAUUGUGAUGAUUCCAUGAAUGACGAAGAAGGAGAGGAAGAAGAAAUCAAAUACGACAUAGCACUUGAAAAAGUUUUAAUUAAUAACAAAAAUUUAGUAGCCGAAUAUGUAGUAACUGACGAACAAACAACUGGCACUUUUAAUAUUUCACCAGAGAAUGUUCUUGAAAUUAAUAUUAAAUCAACAAACAACUCAACCUCUUCCGAUUGUCAGUUGAUUUUAAAUGAAGAAUAUAUAUCGAAUAGAAGAAAUCGAAAAGAGAAUAAAAAACCGUCGAAUGAAAUUGAAACUAAAUAUAAAGAAGAGAAACUUCUUGUCAGUCAAUUAAUAUCUCAUCUUUCUACAACUGUUUCUAACGAUAUUACCAAAACUGACAAUACACAUAAUUCUGACACUUCUUUAUUUGAAAAAAGAAUACAAUUAAUUCCAAAAAAUUUUCGAAUGUCAAAUCAAGCAACAAAUAAGCAAAAUGAAUUUUCUAAGAAUUUAAUUAGAGGAAGAUUAAAGAACAAAUUAAAAGAAGAAACGAUCUCACAUGAACAUCUUUUAAAAUCUGACAAACAGAGAAUAAAAACACCCUUAAUUGAAAAAGAUAGCAAUAUUCUUGAUAACUCCAUUGUCAGUAAGAGUCCAAACUGUAAUAUUCUCACUCGAUUGAAAAAUGACAAAACCAUAGAAAAAUCUUUAUUAUUUGAGAAAAAUUCUUUAAAUUCUUUAAACGAUUCAAUUAUUACUAAAUCACCAAAUUGUGCCAUCGCUUCAAAUUCUGAUAAGAAAAAAAAAUUAUCAAAAAUACCAAUAUUUGGAAAAAAAUCAACUCCCACAAUAGUUAAAAAUCCAUUUAAAAAAAUAAUAUCACGAACACCUUGUGGAUUAAUUAGUCAAACUUAUAAGAAACACUGUCAAAAAAUUGCUGAAACCUCAAAAUCACUUCCAAGAAAUUUUCAAAAUAAAAUUUCACAAGAACAAGAAUCAUCGCCACUUUUUAAAAAGCCAUUUAACAUGGAGAGAAAAAUUAAUUCUGGUUACAAGAAAAAAGAUACAGAAGAAUCGAGUGGUAUUUAUAGUGCAUCGAGUAAAAUAAUGCAAUUAAAGAAUGUUGCAAUGAAAUUAGAAGAUUAUAUUACUGAUGAUUUUGACUCAUUAUCAAACAAUAAUGACAUUCACAAUACAAAAGUAAUUGAAAAUUUCAAACAAAAUGUUUCAAACUCUCUAAACAAUACUAACGAAACUAAAUUUAAUACAUCUCUAGAAAAUAUGACAUCCAAUAUAAGUGAUUCUAGUUCACGAACAAAAUUAAAAAUAUUUAAUUCAACUGAGGAAAUAAGUAAUAUAAAAUACAAAUUAGAUAGCAAUGAUUCUCAAAGUGAUAGUAUAGUUGAUUGUCAAGAACAAAUUAAAUCUUAUCAUUCCCAACAAUCUUUGUUAUCUUUUAAUCAAAGUGAAACUAAUGAUAAUAUUGAAAAUUGUAAAAAUUCUUUUAGAGAAAGCAAAAAUAGUUUCAUUACUACCGAUCUCACGGAAAGAAGUCUUAUGAACAGACAAGUUAAUGAAACUUUUGUAAGUCUUGAAGAAGAAUAUAAAUACAAAGAUUUUGAGGAAGGAGUUGUCUUAAUGGAACGUAGACUUUGUAUUACUCCAUCCUGUGUAAUGAUUAAUAAAGAAGAGCUAACAUCAUUUUACACUUGUUCUACUGCUGAAUCCGUUUCAAGUCUUCCACAGGAAAUGUUACUUAUCGACAAGCAAACUCUUCGCGAGAGGCUUCAAAAAUUAGGAGAAAAUCCAGGUCCAAUAACAAAUUCCACUCAUAAAGUAUAUUUAAAACGUUUAAUGAAAUUGGAAAAUAUGAGACAAAAUUUCAAAAAUGAACCAUAUCAUGAAAAUUUAUCUGAGAAACAUGAAAUUCAUUCUAUUAGACCAAGUUUAAUUUCAUUAAAUUGGCAAAAAGAUUUGCAAUCUUAUAGAGAUCGAGAAAUUAAAAUAUUUGAGGAGUUUGCUAGACCCGAUCCUUCUCGUAAAUGGCGUGAAGGAUUAACAAAAACUUGUUUUAAUUAUCUAUUGUUGGAUUCAAGAAUCACAAGGGAUCUUCCAAAUCGAAGAACAAGUCUUUCUUUACAAGAACAAUGGGAAACAUUUUUGUCGGCAAUUUUUUAUAUUGGAAAAGGAAAACAAUCAAGACCCUAUUCUCAUUUAUAUGAUGCAUUUCAUUUAUGGGUUUCAAAUAAAGUUGAGACGUCGAGUAAAAAGAUAAAAAAAAUUAUUGACAUUUGGAAUGAAAAGCAAGGAGUCGUUGUUUUACAUAUAUUUCAUAAUACCAUUCCAGUAGAGGCUUAUACAAGAGAAGCGUCAAUGAUUGCUGCUUUGGGUCUUGAAAAAUUAGCUAAUUGUAAAAGUGGUGAAUACUAUGGCAAAGUAGCAACUUGGACAAAUAAAGAAAAAUGCGAUUUGGGAAAAUAUUUACUUUACAAUGCUAUGGAGAUAUUAAUGGUGGAAGGAGAACGACAUCUUUUUCCAGAACAUUUAUAGAAAUAUAAUUAAUAAUAAGAUAAUUUUCUUAGUAUUUUUACAAGGCUGACUUUUUUAAUAUGAAGUAUUAAAAGAAAAUGAUCUCAAACUCUGUAUAUUAAAACUAUAGGACAAAUGACUCUAAAAAAUUGAGUUAAUUAUUACAUAUUUCCGAUGAUUUUAUGCGUGUAGAAAUUUAAAAUUAAAUUAUAUUUUAUGAGAUUUUUUUAAAAUUAACAUUGUAUAUUACUUUUAGGGAAAUUAUAUUAAAUAAGUGCAAUUCAUAAAAUAUCGAAAAUGUUCGAAAACAUUGUGAUUUUAUACGUAAAAAAAAGAAAUUAUAUAAAUUUAAUUGUAUUUACUAAUAAAAUAAGAGACUUGAAAUAAAACUAUAAGAAAUUUGAACAAAACAAA